UUGUAGAUUUUUUGUUGUCGUCAGCGCACGAUUUUCUUCUGGCAAUUAAUUUAAUUAUUUUUUUUUUUCAAAUUAAUUCAUUUAUUUGUUGUUUGUCAUCAAAAAAGUAAACGGAAUUAUAUUAACUCGAUAAUAUAAAGCUCUCUACGAAAAACCACGGUGUUCGUUGGUUCCACUGGUUCGCGUUGCUCUCGUUCUAGGAACAGGUCGAAAGUCCAACUUGGCUACAAAAUUAACAAAUUUGAUGAAAUUAUAAAUACUUCCGACAUCGAACUUGUUCUUCUUAAUUUAAGUUCAAUUAACUAAAUAAAAUGGCUGGGAUUUUAAAAUUUGCGAGAGUCAACAAACUCAUCGCUUCAAGUGCAAUACGAUCAUUUUCCGAUGCAGUUAAAUAUCCAAAAAUCACCACCCACUACACUGUUAUUCCAAGAGAAAAAGAUGAACGAUGGAAGGAAAUCGAAAUGGAACGUUUUGUGGACGAAGUGGACAUAGUUAUUGUGGGUGGUGGUCCAGCUGGUAUGUCAGCAGCUAUCAGAGCUAAACAAUUAGCUGCCGAACAGGAAAAAGAAAUUCGAGUUUGCGUGGUUGAAAAAUCCGCCGAAGUUGGUGGUCAUAUACUCUCUGGAGCAGUGGUUGAUCCCAUUUCCAUAAACGAACUCUUCCCUGAUUGGAAAGAAAUGGGUGCUCCAUUAAACACUCCAGUUACCAAGGAUACAUUCGCCCUCCUGACCGAAACUGGACGAGUUCCAAUGCCAAUUUUCAAAGGCUGGCCAAUGGACAAUCAUGGCAAUUACGUUGUUCGUCUGGGACAUCUUGUCAAAUGGCUUGGCGAACAAGCCGAGGCAUUGGGUGUAGAAAUCUAUCCCGGAUGUGCUGCUUCAGAAAUUCUAUAUCACGAAGAUGGUAGUGUUAAGGGUAUUGCAACAAACGAUGUUGGUAUCGCUAAAGAUGGCUCACCUAAAGAUACCUUUGCCAGAGGAAUGGAACUCCAUGCUAAGACUACAUUCUUCGCUGAAGGAUGUCGGGGUCAUUUGACCAAGCAAGUUAUGGAAAAGUUUGGUCUCAAUGAAGGAAGCGAAGCACAAACCUACGGAAUUGGUUUGAAAGAAGUCUGGGAAAUUCAGCCAGAAAAACAUGUUCCAGGUUUAGUGGAACAUACUAUUGGCUGGCCACUGGAUAAAUUCACCUACGGCGGAUCGUUCCUUUAUCAUUUAAAUGAACCGAGUCCAAUGGUUGCUGUAGGUUUUGUUGUAGGACUUGACUACUCGAAUCCAUGGAUUAGUCCCUUCCAGGAAUUCCAGAGAUUCAAAAUACAUCCCAAAGUGAGGGAUGUAUUUGAAGGAGCCACUAGAAUUGCUUAUGGAGCUCGUGCAAUUAACGAAGGUGGACUUCAGUGUCUUCCCAAGAAGCUAGCAUUUCCUGGAGGUUGUCUGAUUGGAUGCAGUGCUGGUUUUCUUAAUGUUCCUCGUAUCAAAGGAAGUCAUUACGCAAUGAAGAGUGGAAUGCUGGCAGCUGAAAGUGCUCUUGAGACUAUUUUAGGAGAAGCUGGACAGGAAACUGCCGGAAUCGAACCAAAAUCUUAUCCAGACAAAAUCAAAGAUUCCUUCAUCUGGAAGGACCUCCACAAAGUGCGCAAUGUACGUCCUAGCUUCCACAAUCCACUCGGUUUGUAUGGAGGUCUCGUACUUAGUGGUUUCUCCAUAUUCAUGGGUGGCCGAGAACCAUGGACUCUAUCGCAUGGUGCCCCCGACAAUACAAGACUGAAGCCUGCCAGCGAAUCUCCACAAAUUGUCUACCCCAAACCAGAUAACAAAAUCACCUUUGAUUUGUUAUCCUCGGUAGCAUUAACAGGAACCAAUCAUGAAGGUGAUCAACCCGCUCAUUUAACUUUGAAAGAUGAUCGCAUUCCUGUCGAUCAUAAUUUGGCCAUUUACGAAGGACCUGAAUCGAGAUUCUGUCCGGCUGGAGUUUACGAAUAUGUGUCGAAUGAAGAAGGUGGCAAUAUGAAGCUUCAAAUAAAUGCUCAAAAUUGUAUUCAUUGUAAGACCUGCGACAUUAAAGAUCCCAAACAAAAUAUUAACUGGGUUGUGCCUGAAGGUGGCGGCGGUCCAGCUUAUAAUGGAAUGUAAAGAGAAUUAUAGUCAAGCAUUGUAGCAUUUUUUACCACAAUUUAUAUCCC